CCAAACCCUGAGCUUUGCCAGCUGUGUAUAGGGAGGUUGGCGGUGGGUGGGGGAGGUCAGCUGGCGAUUUGAAGUCAACAAUUGUGUAUUUUAGGGUAAAGGCUAGAAACAUCUGGUCGCAUCUGGCCUCCAAUUAAGCACAUUAAGGAAGAAGCAACAGCAGCUAAACAGCCCAAGCCUAUAAAAACGUCUAAAUGCUCGUAACCCGUGGAUGCGUCAGGCUCCCCACAUAUAUAAAAGGUCCAACGAUGUCCAAGAAGUAAACACCUUCGUCCACUGUGCCCUCCAUCAGGCCGUCUUCCUCCUCAGAGCAUCCCGUGCCCCAAAGAAGCAUCAUGACCUGCGGAUCAGGAUUCGGCGGCCGCGCCUUCAGCUGCGUCUCAGCCUGCGGGCCCCGGCCCGUCCGCUGCUGCAUCACGGCCGCCCCCUACCGCGGCAUCUCCUGCUACCGCGGCCUCACCGGGGGCUUCGGCAGCCGCAGCCUCUGCGGGGACUUCCGCGCCGGCUCCCGCGGCCGCAGCUUCGGGUACCGCUCUGGCGGCGUGUGCGGCCCCAGCCCGCCCUGCAUCACCACCGUGUCGGUCAACGAGAGCCUCCUCGCGCCCCUCAACCUGGAGAUCGACCCCAACGCGCAGUGUGUGAAGCAUGAGGAGAAGGAGCAGAUCAAGUGUCUCAACGACAGGUUUGCUGCCUUCAUCGACAAGGUGCGCUUCCUGGAGCAGCAGAACAAGCUGCUGGAGACCAAGCUGCAGUUCUACCAGAACCGCCAGUGCUGCGAGAGCAACCUGGAGCCCCUGUUCCAGCGCUACAUCCAGGCGCUGAGGCGGGAGGCCGAGCGUGUGGAGGCCGACAGCGGGAGGCUGGCCUCGGAGCUCAGCCACGUGCAGGAGGUGCUGGAGGGCUACAAGGAGAAGUACGAGGCGGAAGUCGCUCUGAGAGCGACAGCGGAGAAUGAGUUUGUGGCUCUGAAGGAGGAUGUGGACUGCGCCUACCUCUGCAAGUCAGACCUGGAGGCCAACUCAGAGGCCCUGAUUCAGGAGAUCGACUUCCUGCGGCGACUGUAUGAGGAGGAGCCCUCUCAGUGGACAUGA